UUCAGUUGUUUUCAUCGACUGUGUGGCGUCGCAGGUCGUGGAGAAGUGCACUCGCCGUUCGCUAGGCAGAUGUAAACUAACAGCUGUCGAUGAGGCCGCCGCGGACAAACGACUUCGGUCCGGUUUAAUCGUCACGGAGCACUUUAUAAAGCAAACAUCAGAGCAUUGUAGCAGCGGUUUAAGUGUUUAUUUUGUGGCCAUGGAGGAGAAGAAGGAGGAGGGGGAAGCGGAGAUCCAGGAACACGGACCCGAGCACUGGUUCUCCAAAUGGGAGCGGCAGUGCCUGGCCGAGGCCGAGCAGGAGGAACCGAGCGAGGAGGAGACCGAGCAGAGCCAACAAAAACUCUGGCAUCUAUUCCAGAACUCCGCCACAGCCGUAGCGCAAUUGUAUAAAGAUAGAGUAUGCCAACAACAGGGGCUUUCCUUGUGGGUUCCCUUUCAAAAUGCUGCAACUGCCGUCACUAACCUGUACAAAGAGAGUGUUGAUGCCCAUCAGCGGAAUUAUGAAUUGGGUAUUCAGAUUGGUCACCAGCGACGAAACAAAGAUGUCCUGGCUUGGGUGAAGAAGAGGAGGCGGACUAUUCGACGGGAGGAUCUUAUAAGCUUCCUCUGUGGUAAAGUCCCACCGCCACGCAGCUCCAGGGCUCCACCAAGACUAGCAAUGGUGUCACCAAGCCGACCUGCAUCCUCGGAGACAAGUUCAUCUGUAGAAACAGACCUGCAGCCUUUCAGGGAGGCCAUUGCCCUGCAUGGUCUAAGUGGUGCCAUGGCGAGUAUCAGUAUGCGCUCUGGAGCUCCAGGUUCGCCUACACACCUGAGCGCUAGCUCCACCACCGGCCGCCGCAGAAACGGUCUCCACGAUGUGGACCUCAACACUUUUAUUGCCGAGGAGAUGGCGCUCCACCUUGACAACGGAACUCGGAAACGAAACUCCGCCCAGUGCAAUGAUGUCAUAACAGACUCGCCCACUCACAAACGUAAUCGGAUGAUAUGAGCUCUUAAAAUAAAGAAACAAACAACAGCGUAACAAAUAAGAAAAAUGCCACUCCAGUCAUCCUCCCAUCAGGAAAUAAAAGCAGCCAAUAACAGUGCUCCCCACAGCCCAGCACAUUUUCUGAUUGGUCGAAAGAGCCCAGUGAGGUCAUCGGUGGGAGGCAGUGCUCAGUGCAGAGGCCUAAGUGCCCUUCCAUAGGAUUCUGUCUGAAAACACACAACCUUCAUUCACUGUAUUGCUGUGUGAGUUGACUGUCUGUGUAAGAUUGUGUUGAACUGACGUGUUUAAACGCAGGAAUGAGAAUUUUGUGUGUGCAUGUUCAUAAUGAGCUACAUUGGUUUGAUUGUGUGUCUGUAUGUAAGGGUGUACAUGUCUAAUUGUAUGGGAGUGCUUGAUAUGUAUGUGAGCGAUAGACUGAUGAAUUUCAUAUUAAGAGUGUGUUUGUGUGGUACCUGCCUCUUCCUCCAGCACCUGUCACUGCCCCAGCUCUCAGUUACUAUGCUGUGGCUUCAUAAGCAACAACUAUUUUAUUUGUAAUAUUAUUGACAUGGUUAUUCAUGAUUUUUUUUUGUUGUUGCCUUCUCUUAAUUCUGCUCUAGUAGCAGGCACAAGUGCUGUGAUAGCCAUACGUCUGCUGUCAUGCACGUCCCUCAAUCACUCUUGAUUUUUCUUCAGUAAUAAUUUCCUGAGCAUUUCUCUCUUUUUCAUUCUUCCUCUGUCUUUUCCACAGCACCUUUGUCUCCAGUGUAACAUUAUGUAAUGUAAAUACCUGUAGGUGCAUACAUAGACUUGUGGUACAUAUUGUAAAAAAAAAAAAAAAAGAGAAAAAAUGCUGUGCAGAUACCAUUGAAUUGUUAAUGUACAAUACUGAUUCUUGCAUUAAAGAAAUCAAGCUUUUACCUA